CGGUCCGGGUGUGUGCAGGGGAGCGCCUCGCCAGCGGUAUUGGCGGCUGGAGGCCAACGCUACGGAGAGAAACUCGCCGACCGCCCCGCUUGCCCUGCACCGCGACCUCGCCGCCUGCGUCUCGCCUCCUUGUCCUCUGCAUCUUCCGCAGUCCCGGCCCCGGGAGCGCGGCCCAGGCGGCGUCCACCAGGGUGCCCCACUAACUGCUCUCGCUUCAGGCCCUAGGGCCCGCAGCCUCCUCUGCGCACACGACCUCGACGGGUUUUCCUCUGAUCAGCGGGAAGCCCAUACCAGCUGCAGGCGCCCCUGGCCCGGGACCAAUUCCAAACCCCCUGACCGCCUAGCAUCAGCGCAUAAAGGACGCUCCAACUCGCGACGGGAACAUAGUCCCGAUCCCAACGUCGCUGCCGGAACUUGGCCUCGAGCUCCAGAACACGAGCAGAGCCGUCGGUGGGCGGGACACUCUUGAGCCUGUGUACUCACUGAGUCAGUCCGGAAACAGUGGGCACCAAGUCUCCAGAGCGCCCCUGCCAGGAAAGCUGUGCCCCCGGUGCCACCCACGAGAACACCCUGAGCUCUCUGCAGAGGGUCCUAGCGUCCGUUCCCGUGACCCUGCGUCCUGAGCCGCGCAACUCUCGGACCCGCCCCCGCACCUCGGCAGCAGCGGGCAGCAGGGACGCGCCGCGACGCGGGACGGCUGCGCCAUGACGGCCGAGAGCGGGCCGCCACCGCCGCCGCCGCAGCAGUCGGAGGCGCUGGCGGCCGUGAAGCAGGAGAGGGGUGAGGCGGGGGCCGGGGUCCCGGCGGAGGCCGCGGGUCGCGGCGCGGGCGGGAGGCGGCGGAAGCGCCCCCUGCAGCGCGGGAAGCCGCCUUACAGCUAUAUUGCGCUCAUUGCCAUGGCCAUCGCGCACGCGCCGGAGCGCCGCCUCACCUUGGGUGGCAUCUACAAGUUCAUAACCGAACGUUUCCCUUUCUACCGCGACAAUCCCAAAAAGUGGCAGAACAGCAUCCGCCACAACCUCACACUCAACGACUGCUUCCUCAAGAUCCCGCGCGAGGCCGGCCGCCCGGGCAAGGGUAACUACUGGGCCCUCGACCCCAACGCCGAGGACAUGUUCGAGAGCGGCAGCUUUCUGCGCCGCCGCAAGCGCUUCAAGCGCUCUGACCUCUCCACCUACCCGGCUUAUAUGCACGACGCGGCUGCCGCCGCUGCUGCUGCCGCCGCCGCCGCCGCUGCCGCCAUCUUCCCGGGAGCUGUGCCUGCUGCGCGCCCUCCUUACCCGGGCGCCGUCUAUGCAAGCUAUGCCCCGCCGUCGCUCGCCGCGCCGCCCCCGGUGUACUACCCCGCUGCUUCACCAGGCCCGUGCCGCGUGUUCGGCCUGGUACCAGAGCGGCCGCUCAGCCCAGAACUGGGCCCCUCACCGUCGGGGCCCGCGGGUUCCUGCGCCUUUGCCUCGGCUGGCGCUUCUGCCGCUACCACUGGCUACCAGCCAACCGGCUGCGCCGGCGCCCGACCUGCCAACCCCUCCGCCUAUGCAGCAGCCUAUGCGGGCCCCGACGGCGCGUACCCACAAGGCGCCAGCAGCGCCCUCUUCGCAGCGACUGGCCGGUUGGCAGGCCCCUCCUCACCCCCCGCGGGUGGCAGCAGUGGCGGCGUCGAGACUGCGGUGGACUUCUAUGGGCGCACAUCACCGGGCCAGUUCGGAGCCCUGGCGCCCUGCUACAACCCUGGUGGGCAGCUCGGAACGGGCAGUGGAGGCACCUACCAUGCUCGUCAUGCCGCCGCCUAUCCUAGUGGAGUGGAUCGGUUUGUGUCUGCCAUGUGAUCCGAGGCGAAAAUUCAUAGGUACCUCGACGGACCUUACGAACUAAGUAUCCGCGAAACCUGAGGACAGAACUGGA